AUGGUUGUUAUUAAGCUUACCCCCGCAAUAGUCCUAGCCUUCCUGGCUGGUGCCAACGCUAAGGAUAUCUUUGUAUCUCCUACUGGUACUGGCUCUGGUACUCUUGCUGCACCAUAUGGAUCGAUUCAGUCUGCCAUUGAUGCUGCCAAGGCUGGUGACUUUAUUUACUUGAGGAAGGGUACUUAUGCUCCUUCGAAGAACAUUCAGGUCAAGACCAGCGGAGCAAAGGGUAGUCCCAUUACAGUGAAGCCUUAUCAGAAUGAGAAGGUUAUCAUUGAUGGAGAGAAUAUGCCUGGUACACCAAAGGCUGUUGGCGAAUCACUUCCCAACGCUGAGCGUGGCGUUUUCCAUAUCCAGAAUGCCGAGUGGUGGUCAUUCUAUAAUCUCGAGAUCAUCAACGGUCCAUAUGGUAUCUACGCCAGAGAUGCCUCCAACAACUACUACGAAGGUCUCUCCACCCAUGACAACUAUGAGACUGGCUUCCAGCUCGAAGGCGCUUCCUCCAACAACCAAGUCAUAAACCUCGACUCCUACCGUAACCGUGACCCUCGCAAGAACGGCGAGAGUGCCGACGGUUUUGCUUGUAAGGAGGGUUCGGGUGAAGGCAACGUCCUCCGCAAUGCCCGACUUUGGGAAAACGUCGAUGAUGGACUGGACCUGUACAUGUUUGGCUCUCCUGUCACGCUCGACGAAGUAUACGCUUGGGGUAACGGUUUCAACCGCUGGGGUUUCACACCCUUUGAAGGUGACGGUAACGGUUUCAAGCUCGGCAUCACCAACAACCCUCCCGCGAACCAUAUCAUCAAGAACUGCAUUGCCUUCCAGAACGCGAAGAAGGGCUUCAUUGAUAACGGAAACCCCGGCUCUCUGACCUUCGACCGUAACACUGCUUGGAAGAACGGUGACAAUGGUUUUAACCUACGCAGCUCUUCGUCCAAGGUCACCAAGAACGUUGCUGCCAGCAACACUGGUGAUCAGGUCAGCUUGAACAGCAAGGUUUCUGCGUCUGGAAACUCGUGGGAUAUCAAAGACACCUGGAAUGAUGCUUCUUUCAAGAGCACUGAUGCAUCCACGCUCAAGGGUGCUCGUGGAACUGACGGACGUGUCAAGGCUAGUGACUUCUUGAUUCCUGCUUCUGGAGCUGCUAUUGGUGCUACCACCAAGGCAAAGGUUUGA